AUAAAUAAUGAGCUUAAUCCGUUUUAAUAUAUUGGCAUUGACAAUCGGAGUUUGCUUAUCAGCCAUGACUCCAUAAGCCUCAUUAUUGAUGAAAUCGUUUCAUUAAUUUGGCCAAAGCCCAUAUAGCGAUUAAUUGAAGGAAUUAGUAUAAAUUAAAUUAGAAACAGGAGGAUAAGUAGAUGAAGUCUUAAAACUUAUUUAAGAAUUAUUGGAUUCAUUAAAAUAAGAUUAAGUGGACGAUGAUGUUGCACAUUCAAGAUAAAUGGCAGUUUUCGAUUAGAAUAUUGGUGAAUUAGAAGAUGAUCUCUCAAAAUUAAACACAGAUCUAGCUAAUGCAAAUGUAUUGAUCUAAACCUUGGCUGAAUUAUUGGUCAUCCUCAGAGAAACCAUCAUAACCUAUGAAAAGCAAUUAGCAAUUCUUAAUGAAUAAGAACAAUUCAUCAGAAAUGCCAGAGCUGCUGAUGUCAAAGCUUAUAACAGAAGAGUUGAAUAGGCAAAUAAAGUUAUUAAUGCAUUAACCCUAAUCAUUGAGAAAUUGAGCAGAGCAGUUGAUCAAUAGACUUCAGAAUAAGAUAGAUAAACUAUUUUGACUUAAAUACAUGCUGAAUGUCACGAAUAAUUCGGUCCCAAUCACCCUAUCACAAUUCUUAUAAAAUUAACUACUAGAUUUGAUGUUCCCACUGUCUAAAGAAUAUUAGAGAAAUUAGAAUAAAUUAGAGAUGGUGCCAAGAAGAGUUUGAAUGAGGAUAUUGCAGCUGAAGAAGUAGCUUCAAACAAUUUCGAUACUUCUAUGAAUGAAAUCGAAACUUUAAGAAAGAGAUUGUCAACCGAUCUAGAGAACUUAAAUCAAUAAUUUAAUGACAAAUUCAAUCAAUAGAAAAUUGUUUUGGCUUAAAAAGAACAAUUGCUAAUUGAUAUCCCAAUCACUGAGGAACUUUUACAAUUAACUAAGGAAUAAUAAGAACAAUAUCAUUAAGCUUAUUUAAGCAGAUAAACUUAAAGAUAAUCUGAAAUUGAAGUUGUGCAAAAGGCUUACAAUUUGGUGUUUGAUCAUGUAGAUUCUGCAAGAAAAUCAGAGGAUUUAACAGCUAAACUUAACAGCGGAGCAAUAUGAAAGUAAUAAUAAUAAUAAGAAAAUUUUAUAUAAAUAAUUAUAAUUAUAAA